AUGACGGCAGGCGAAAGUCCCACGAAGUCAACGGUGCGGUUAGCGACAUCAAACGCCUCACAUCACAAUGGUAAUUCCGCUGGCGCGGCAAGUGCUCCGGUUGGCGGCGGUGGAGGUGGAACCGCCAUCACAAAGCAAUGGUGGAAGGUUUGCUUUCUGUACGGAGGCAACCAGGAGAAAUACUAUCGCCAGAUCUAUGGUAAAGCCGCGUCGGAACGAUUGGCCGCUGCCAGUGCCAAGCACAUGGCCACCACAUCCGAAGUCGCAAUGGGAGGUGAUGCAUGUAGCGCAAAAGUUCUUACCACCGGUAAAAGCAUUCCGGCACUUCCUCCGACCAAGAAACAAUCGCCAUCGAGUCGGUUCCGGGCAUCACCAUCAGCGACCAGCUCAGCAUCUCCAGCGUUGGAGGAUAGCUUUCGGUUCCGUAAGGAGUCGCCGGUUAUAAAGUCGGCUUCCUCCCGAUCAAGUCUCGCCAUGCCAACCGUACCGGUGCCCGGUGAGCGUUCACCACGACCGAAUCUUCCCGCCGGCAUCCUUCGGAAACGGGUGACAGUACUGGACGAUUCGUUUCUUCUGGGCAAUAGCGUAGAACUUCUCGGCUCUGAGUUGGAGGCGGAAGUGGACGAACAACGGUCAGACAGUGGCAUCAAUGUGGAUGCCAGGCAACCAUCGCCCCAGGUGGCCGCCGAUGAGCAGCACCGCCUCGAAUGCCAUCGGCCAGGUAUGCGACGCACGUUCCACCUGAGCGGCGAGGAACUGCGUCUGCUCAACUUUGACCACGAGCAAGACAUUGCGGGCUCCCUGGCCUAUGCCGCUUCCAACGGUACCUCGUCGACGGCAGCGCCGCCUGCCCACAAGCAACAAAUUAGUGCCGCAAGCAAUCCAUCAACAUCAUCAUCAUCAUCGUCAUCAUCGUCAUCACCGUCAGCAGCAGCAACGACAGCAGCAUCGUCAUCGUCGUCGAAGAUUUCCACCGGGAACUUGAUGCGGCGCUCGGUACUAAAUGCCGCUGGGAACGCUGGCGGAUCGUUAGCGGGAACACCGAUUACAACGGCAGCUUCCGUCGCAGUGUCAAGCAACAAUGAGGUGUCACCGUUCAUUCCAUCAGUACAAAUGUCGUAUCCAUACCAAAAAUCUCAUCAUCAAACGCAGCCGCAGAACGGGCACCCACAGCAUCAGCUGAUACUUCAGCAUCCUCAUCAGCAACAGGAUCACUCUCCACAUCAUCCCCACCAUGCUCAUCCCUACGGGUACGAUGUGGGGCGAAGUCCACUGCGAAGUCCUCAAUCGCCCCCGCUGUACAGUGGGAAACCUCCUGCCCCUCCACCGCAGUCCUACCACUAUCAACAACCAACCCCCCAUCACUGUCCGCCGCCGUCUCUGUCAGGACCACCAUCCAGCAUAUCGGGCAUUCCGGGACAGCAGCCCGGAAUGACCCUUCCCCUAGGUGGUGCGGUCGGUGGGGAUUGCUUUAUGCUGCCACCUCUCCAACCCCAAUCACCCGACUGUUUGCCAACGGUGUCGAACACCAGCAGUACGGCCACGAAUGCUCCAUCUGUACGAUCGGUAUACCCGCAUCACCAAACGUAUUCGUCGAUCGGAUCUUCCCAUCAUCCGUUUCAGUCACCUUCAACGGCGGCCGCCCUGAUUGGGCCAUCGAUGCCGCAGCAUCCCCAUCAAAUACCCUAUUCUUCAAUGCACCAACAUCUGCUCGGGCCCGGCAGUGGUGGCAGUGGAGGCCCUUCGACACCACUCGGACCAAACUCGGUAGGAGGAGCAGGGCAGGGAGGACCGGGAAGUGUGGGGUUGAUGGGAGCCGGUGGAGCUAGUGGGCCACUUGGUGGACCGGGAGCUGGAAUCGGAGGAGUGGUGGGUGGUGGAGCUGGAGGUGGUGUCGGACCGGGUGGCGGUAUGGGAGGUCAUAACUACUCGCAGUCGGAUGAUGAUAGUGGCUGCGCACUGGAGGAGUACACCUGGGUUCCGCCCGGGUUACGUCCGGAUCAGGUCCAUCUGUACUUUUCCGCCGUCCCGGAGGAUAAGGUCCCGUACGUAAACAGUAUCGGCGAACGGCAUCGAGUUCGACAGCUGCUUCAACAGCUUCCACCGCACGAUAAUGAGGUUCGCUACUGUCACUCGCUGACCGAUGAAGAACGGAAAGAGUUGAAGCUGUUCUCUGCCCAGCGCAAACGAGAAGCUUUGGGACGCGGCACAGUCAAACAAAUAACGACCACCUUAAUUUGCGAGCGAUGUGGAGAGUGUGCGUCUUCCGGUGACAUGAUGGUGUUUGCGUCACGUUUCGAGUCCAACACCUGCUGGCAUCCGGCCUGUUUCGCUUGCUGCGUUUGCAAGGAGCUGUUGGUCGAUUUAAUCUACUUUCAUCGGGAGAAUCGGUUGUACUGUGGUCGACAUCACGCCGAAACCCUUAAACCCAGAUGCUCGGCCUGUGAUGAGAUUAUCCUGGCCGACGAAUGUACGGAAGCAGAAGGACGCGCCUGGCAUAUCAAACACUUUGCUUGCUUCGAGUGCGAUAAACAGCUUGGCGGUCAGCGGUACAUCAUGCGAGAUGGUAAGCCGUACUGUCUGCACUGUUUCGACGCCAUGUUUGCCGAAUACUGUGACUAUUGCAGUGAACCGAUCGGUGUGGAUCAGGGCCAAAUGAGUCACGACGGUCAACACUGGCAUGCGACGGAUCAAUGUUUCUCCUGCAGUACCUGCCGCUGUUCGUUGCUUGGGCGUCCAUUUUUGCCUCGCCGUGGGGAGAUUUACUGCUCCAUAGCCUGCAGUAAAGGUGAACCACCGACACCGUCCGACGGUUCCCUACCGGCUGUCCUGUUACAUGGCAAUACACGAAACAAUCGAACGCUAGAAGAACAGCAGCACCGCGAAGAUGGCAGAGAGUAUGAUCCCACGAAUGCCAAAUCCUACCGAAGCUCUCCAUCACAUCGGACCACCCGAUCUCCGGAACCGCUUCGAAGUCCGGACCGAGGCACUAGAUGUCUCUCGCCACCACACACCGAAACAAGUAAUGUGGAGUCGAACUUUGAUGGUAAUGGAAACGAUGAGAUGACUCUUUCCUGCUACACGGCUGCCACCAGCAUUACGACGUCGAUGUCGGCUGCAACGGGUAAUACCAGUACGACAGUUGCCACCACAGCCACCAACAAUACCGCCAACACCGAGUCGGCAACUCCAGCCAACGAUCACGAAGUACAAAGCCAUGAGAGCACUAACGGUAGUAGCGAUCGGGAACAUCUGCUCAGCCCUGCUUCCAACACGACAGGAACGACGACGACGGAUGUAUCAAGUGGUGGCGUGGGUGACUCAAACCGACAUCGCAUUCCUCAGUGUUCUCCGGAAUUGAACCGACUGCUACACAAAGAUCGUAGUCGUCAACCGCUCGAUUUGACCGAUUUGGGACACAGUCUCGAGCAGCACUGGCAAUCGGAACGUGCGGGAAGUGAGACAAUCUCCGUUACUACAGCUACUGCCACUGUUCGGACACAAACAGCCACAUCGAACGGGCCCGCCAGUGUGAACGCUGGACCAAUUCUAACAUCCUCCAUGCCGGAACUCAACCGUUGUCUAGCACCGGGCAGUGGGUCGGCAAGUUUCAGUGGCACCAACAGUCCCACGCCUAUGCCAACAGAGGACAGUGUCGUCGCGAUGGGCGAUGACGCGGAUGAACAAAACCAAAACGCCUCGGAUGCGUCGCAUUCUAUCGUGGAGCUUCCGACGCCACCGCCAAUAGUUAUCAAGAAGGAAGUUCGCUUCGAAGGAGAUUUCCAGGACUCGCUGCCCCGGACAAAGAGCUACUGUCAGCGUAAUGGAGGACAGCGCAAUCGGGCAGCUAAAUCUUCAAAAAGAAGAACGGAUUACGAUCGCUACGAGCAUGGUUCCUCUUCUCGGCGCCAUCAUCAUUCGGUGUCGCAGCAACAGCAUUCACACGAUCGGCACGACCGCAGCGGUGAUCGUCACAAUUCUUCCUCCAGCAGACGUUCACCUCGUCGUCGACGCCAUAAUACCCGCGACGAGCAGCAGAGCCACCGAAGAAGCUACGCCUCGGAUGAUGAUGAGCUGGCGGAGGACGAAACCGACAACUAUCGUCGUCACCACCAUUCCCAUCAUCGGGAACAGCGACCUGUAGAUGAUUCGGAUACGCGUAGCGUUUGCUCCACGUGCUCAUCCAGUUCAUCCAGUGCCGACGACGAUGUGUACGAGCUGCCGCUACGGCGCACCUCGUACGGUGGCACCCGGAUACACUAUAUGCCAAACAACUCGCUGGCGUGUGCCAGAAAGCGAAAGCAGCUGCAAACUUCCGGUGUUGGUAAUCAGCACUUCGAGAAGGACAAUAAGAACUGUAUCAUAUCGUAG